AUGGCUAUCGGAGCUGGGAUGUCGUGUGUAAAAUACCUACUAUUUUCUUUCAACCUGUUAUUUGCGAUAACUGGUAUGAUAAUCCUAAUAGUUGGUGCCAAGGCGGAGAUCAACGCUUAUCCAUAUGUCAACCUGACAGAUGAGAGUUUCUAUACAUCAGCUCCGAUUAUGCUCAUCAUUGUUGGGCUGAUUGUCUUCGUUGUUGCCUUCUUUGGUUGCUGUGGAGCUGUCAAGGAGAACCAUUGUAUGAUUGUCACGUUCUCCAUCUUCCUCUUAAUGAUCUUCAUAGCUGAGUUGGCUGUUGGUACCGCAGCGUACCUGAAGCAUCAGGACUUGGAGACGUCGAUCGUGAAGUCGCUGAAUGAGUCUCUGAAGCAGUACCCGACCAACCCAGAUAUAAAAAAGAACUUUGACAUCAUACAGACAGACCUUCACUGCUGCGGAAUCAACAGCCCUGACGAUUGGACGCUUAACGGUCUGCCAAUCCCGGCGACAUGUUGCGCUGCGCAAGAGUUGCUCGACGACAAACCUGUCGCCUGUACCAAAGACAGUCCCAAUUUCCAUACCCAGGGCUGCCUCAACAACAUUCUUGUGCACUUGAAGGAUAUCGCUAUGGUACUUGGUGGUGUUGGUCUGGGUAUCGCUUUCGUACAGCUUCUUGGAGUAAUAUUCGCGUGCAGCCUCGCUCGUUCCAUCCGCAGCCAAUACGAGACCGUUUAA